GUGUUUUGUGAAGGCUUAUUCCUGGCUUCGCUUGUGGAAACGAUGCGGAUCUAUUAAUGAUUUGUGCAGUUGGAUGAAUGAUUGUUUUAAAUGUAGUAACCAAUACGGAGCCUUAAUAAGCUACUUACUCAAUUUUUAAGUAUACAUGACCCAUACCCUAGGUAUAUAUUGGCUUCAUUAUUUGCCGACCGCUUGUGUUUUGGGCCUCAUUUUAAUUUUCUGGCAUUGCUUACCAUUGGUCGAUGCCUAGCUAUUGGUUACCGUAUGAAAAAAAAUGUGAAUUUCGAAAAAUGUAUAACCCUGUUGGCUGUAGUACUACCUAUGUAGGUACAUUAGGCUAACUAGCCUAGUGUGAGAAAUAUUAGGUAGUAGCCUAGUAAUUUCUUACCCAAAGCCUCACCCCAUCAGUAUUAAAUCAACUACUACUAAUUAUGGCAUAGCCCAAUUUAUGAAGGAUAAGGGUCAUGUUAGCAGCCUGUGAAGGUUAGAUGGAUGGGUCAUUUUGCCUGGCCCUUUUUAGGCAUUUCGGAUGUACCUAGUAGCUAGUACAGCCUACCCAGCCCCUACUUACUUUGAGAGGAAAGUAGAGGUCUCGAGGUGUUGCUUCGAUGGGUGCUAGCUCUUGACUAAUGUCUAUCCUGGGUUACAGCGUUUGUUAAAGUACUUUUUCGGGAAGGUGGUCAGCCUACGGGAGAGGCCGGCCAUUCUGUAUUUUACCCUAAUAGGAGUUGAUGUCUGAACCUAACGAGAGUUGAUUUUUUAACCUAAUGGAAGUUGAUGUGCCCUUUACCUGGCAGCUGAACCCCAUCAAUUGAAUCAUGACUCUCCAUCUGCAGGUUACCCAGAGAGCUUGCUUGGGUGAAUCGUUGCCAGGCCUAGGUAGGCUACCCCAAUUUUAGAAAUGUAAUGUAACUUUACAUUUUGUAACCUAACCCAGCUUGCGACAGUAGGUCUUACUAAAUGGAUGGGUUUGGUCUCUGUUUCACCUCAUUUAAAGUGCCUUCAGUUUUAGAAUAAAUUACAGAGAAGAAACCUAUCCAACAGUACCUUCCGAAUAAAACAUAAGGUGUCAGACUUUACCUUACUGGCUCAGUAGCGGUUUAGUGCAGUUAGUCCACCUUUGACGAUGCACUGUAGGCUGCAUUACUUUUGGUUCUUUGCAGUAUUCCUUUGGCCUCUAGCUGCAACCCCUUACAUUGAGGUUCUUUGCAGCCCCUCCAGUCCUUAGCUGCAGCCUUUCAUUCCUUUACUAUACCUCCAUUCAUAUUCUUGCAUCUUACUUUCCACUUUCUUCUAAUAAUUGUUUCAUAGUGCAGCUGCAAGGUUUUCCUCCUGUUACACCUUUGUAACAUUUUACUCUCAAUUUCCUUUCAGGGCUGAAUGACCUUGUAGGUCCCAGUACUUGGCCUCCAGCCAAAAUUAUAUAUGUACUCUGUUCUGUUCUAUUCUAUAAAAAGCAAGUGUUUAUUGGGAGACAGUACCAAUACCGAUGACAUAGCAUUAAUGUGAGACGUUUCUCAAUCUAGACUGAUCUAAGUCUGAUGUAACUGGGAUUUAUGGGUCAUUGAAAAUUAAUAGAAAUUUGGAAAAGACUGUGUAAGAACAUGGAAAGCCAUUCAGAGUUUGAGAUGAAGACUGAAGCUUAAUUAUUGCCACUUGAAUUUUACUAUGGUACUGUUUGCAGAGCUUUUUAAGGUUACCUCUGUGUGAGUAUUAUUCCUUUUGAUGUCUGAUUGCUAGUUCCACUGAUUUACAAAUCAUGAACCAUCGAGAAAAAUCAAAUUGGUGUAAAUUUUGCGGAAAAUCUUUUUUCCUGAAAAGUUGUCUUGUAACUCAUGAAUUGAAGCACAAAGGAGAGGAAACCACUGAAGAUGUGUGUAUAAACAGUAGUAUUGUAAGUGGGGCAUGUGAAAACAAGGUAGAAAACUGUGUAACGCUUGAUGCAGAUGUAAAGAUCUGUUUAGCUACGGACACAAGUGAGAAAGUUGAAAAAGAUAUAAAGAAUGACCGAAAGCCAUAUGUAUGCCAUGUCUGUGGGAAGCAGUACAAUCUUAAGAACACACUUAAAACUCACUUGAUCGGCCAUAAUGUUCCAAAACCGCAUUAUUGUGUGCUAUGUGAUAAGAACUUUGCAACACAGAAAUAUUUUAAGUUACAUAUGCUGAAACAUGAGAUAAAGAAACAUUUUACAUGUACAGUUUGCCAAAAGGAAUUUCCAAGUCAGAGGUUAUACAACAAACACUUGAAUCGAGGUCAUAAACUGCCUAGAUCAAAAAAAAGAGAUGCAAGGACAACAGAAAUUGAAGAUAUUAACAAGGAAGAGACUUGUAAUGAUAGAUCUCGAGUAGAAAGUUUUGAAUCAAGACCUAUCAUUGCACCUGAACGUCUUUGUAAAAUAUGCGGUGAGAAGUGCUCUUCAAUAUGUAUGUAUGAUCUGCACAUAGCAAGACACAAAGAGGAUUUAACCUGUGUGAAAUGUGAGAAAAAAUUCCCAACCUUUAAACACUUGAAGAUUCAUGCUAGAGUUCAUUUAGAUAAACCUCAUGUUCUCUGCGAAAUAUGUGGUAAAGUUGUUCGCAAGAAAACUUAUCUACCUCACUUGCGUACUCAUACAGGGGAAAGACCUUAUAAGUGCCUUGAAUGUGGAAAAAGCUUUGUUCAAAAAGGACAUCUGAGGUUGCAUAUGAAACAACACAGAGGUGACAGAAGUUUUCAGUGUGAACUUUGUGUGAGAGCUUUCAGUACACAACCAAAGCUGGAUCACCAUUGCAUGUUGCAUGGGAAAAGUGACAUGUAUGGAUGUGAAAUGUGCGAUGCCAAGUUUGCAAAAUGGCAUCUUCUCCAACAGCAUGAAAAACAAGUUCAUCCUGAGCAGCAGUAUGCUUGUCAGAUUUGUAGUUUAGUGUGUGUUUGCAGUUCUCGGUUGUAUUUACAUUAUCUUCAGCAUUCGGAGGAAGAUUUGGAGAAGUUAGAUGAAAAAACAAAAACAUUGAUAUCAGAGAAAAGGUGUUUUUCUGUUAAGUGUGAAUCCUGUGACAAAUAUGUUGAUAAGAAUCAAAUGAAGAUUCAUAUGAGACUGCACACAGGUGAAAAACCAUAUAAGUGUGAUUACUGUGAAAAGAGUUUUCGUUUACACAAUGGUCUCAUCAUUCACAAAAGGAUCCAUACAGGAGAAAAGCCAUAUAAAUGUGAUCAGUGUGACAAAACAUUUAAUCAGAUGGCUCAUUUGAAAACUCACAUUGCUCUUCAUUCAGCUGAAAGGCCAUAUGUUUGUAAGAUUUGUGGAAAAACAUUUGCUAUACAAAAUUACCUGUCUAAUCAUGCAAAAAUCCAUCAGAAGAAUAAUGAUGUUUCUGUUAAAAGUUAUAAUAGAGAUAUUAACAUAAAAAAAUAUAACCAUAAAAAAGUCCAUGAGAAGAAUAGGGAUUCUUCUCUUAGGAAUCUUUCUGCAAAAGGUUUUAAAGUGUUUGAAUGUUUUCAUUGUGGUAAGCAUUUUGCAUGUAAGAAUAGUCAUAUGGCUCACCAACGGGUAUGUCAAGAUUUGUUAGAAUUUUCUAGCGUUGGAGAUAGUACUAGUGAGUCUGAUCAAUACGAAACUGUGGAAACAUUUGAGUAUGCAGACAGUAUGAGUGACAUGACUAGUAUUGAAUGUGUACCAGAUAUUAGUACUGAUAAUUUUGAAUCGCUUCUAGUUCUGAAGAUUGAGGAAGUUGUUCCUGUAACUAGUUAACGGAAUAGUUAUAUAAGCAAGGCAAUAAAUUCCAUCACUGUACUGUAUAUUUUUACAGUAGAAUAUAUUGAAAUGUCAGCUUUUUCAGUAAUAAUAAAACAGAAUAAUGUAAGAUACGUAUUUAUAUUUGCAGCCUUUAUAAAUAAGAGGGAUAUUUUGA